GCCCAUAAUCUCACAAAGCAUACGCCACCAAAAACCUCUCUAAACCCUCACUCUCAGUCACUAGCUCACUCCUCAACUGCGAAUAACACGGAGGAGACGACAUUAAUAUCAUUGUAAGAUGUCCACGACUGUUUCAAGGAUAGAAACCUACGAGGAUUUCGUGAAAGCUCAUGGUGUUCUAUUGGCUGCCUCAGGGCUACCUCGAUCGCUGCACUACAAACUUUUCGAGAAACUUACUUCAGAGACCUUCGAUGGCGGCGCAUACUUCCAAGUCGAGCCCUGCGAGGAGGGCCGGCAGAGAAGGCUCGUCUUCACCUCCGAUUCAAUGCCUAAAGAUUCCAACGUUUUCCUCGUUGACCAUGCUUGGACUUUUCGUCUAUCUGAUGCUUACAAACAGCUACAAGAAGUGCCAGGAUUGGCUCAGAGGAUGGCUUCUUUGAUGUGUGUAGAUGAUGAUUUCAAUUCCGGUGCUGAAGAGGAGGAUGGAGCUUUGCAAGAGAACAAUUCUAAAUUGAAUGUCAUGGAUAUUAUUGAGAAUGAGAUUAAUGAUGCAAAAAUGAAAGGCUGUGAUACUGUUAGGUGGUUGGAACUUGAGGAGCUCAACAUUGACGAUGAUAUGCUGGUCUCUCUUGAUUUGUCCAGUAAAUUACCGGAUUUACUAGCGCUAAGUCUGUGUGGAAACAAGCUUAAGAAUGUAGAACUAGUUGUGCAAGAAGUUACCAAGUUCAAAAAUCUCAGGGCUCUCUGGCUGAAUAACAAUCCAGUUAGUAAAAGCUGUGAUUGUCGUAUGGCAGAUAUAAUUGUCCAAGGAUGUCCAAGAUUGGAAAUCUACAACUCUCAAUUCACCAGUAAUUUUGGUGAGUGGGCUUUGGGAUUUUGUGGAGGAGUGUAUGAGAAGGAUAAUCCUGGCUAUGUCAGUCAAAGUGAUUCCCAAUUGCAGAAUGUGACAUCUCUUGACCUUUCGAAUAGAUAUAUUCAUUCUCUGAUUAAUAAGGCAUUUUCUCCUGAUGAGAUGCCAUCCCUUUCACAUUUGAAUAUUCGGGGAAAUCCGUUGGAGCAGAAUUCAGUUAAUAAAUUAUUGGACGUAUUGAAGGGAUUUCCAUGUUUACAAUCUUUGGAGGUCGAUAUUCCUGGUCCCCUUGGAGAUAGUGCUAUAGAAAUCCUUGAAUCUCUUCCCAGACUUUCUUUUCUGAACGGUGUUAGCGCAUCAAAAAUACUAGAUAAGGGAAACCAUGUGAUUGAUUCGAUACUUCAGCCUCGGCUUCCAGAAUGGACAGCUGAUGAAUCUCUUGUUGAUCGUGUUCUUAAUGCAAUGUGGUUAUAUGCAAUGACAUACAGACUUGCAGAUGAGCAAAAAAUUGAUGAAACCUCUGUGUGGUAUGUGAUGGAUGAACUAGGGUCAGCUUUGAGGCAUAGUGAUGAGCCAAAUUUCAAGGUGUCUCCUUUUCUCUUCAUGCCUGAGGGGAAGCUGGAAUCAGCUGUGAGCUACUCCAUUUUAUGGCCCAUCCAGAAUGUCCAAAGUGGAGAUGAGUGCACUCGUGAUUUCCUUUUUGGUAUUGGAGAAGACAAGCAGCGUUCUGCUCGUCUGACUGCAUAUUUCCGCACACCACAGAAUUAUUUUAUUCAAGAGUAUAAGAAAUUCUAUCAGGAAUUGCAAGCAAAAAAUUUUUUCUUACCAGUGAAGUCUUCUUUGACCAGAAACUUGUGUCGCAGUGAUGGAUGUCCUUUACGAGUUUACACUGAUAUGCCUCCAGUGGAAGAGUUUUUGACACGUCCUGAAUUUGUUAUCACAACUGAGCCCAAGGAUGCAGAUAUUAUAUGGACAAGCAUGCAGGUGGACGAUGAAAUGAGAAAAGCUACCGGAAUUACGGAUCAGCAGUAUGUAAACCAAUUUCCUUUCGAGGCUUGUGUUGUCAUGAAACAUCAUUUGGCAGACACUAUUCAGAAGGCAUAUGGAUCUCCUGAAUGGUUACAACCUACUUAUAAUCUUGAAACACAUCUAUCUCCACUUGUUGGUGACUAUUACAUACGUAAGAAAGAUGGAAUGAACAAUCUAUGGAUCUUAAAGCCCUGGAACAUGGCACGAACUAUUGAUACAACUGUAACUGAUAAUUUGUCUGCUAUUAUCCGCCUGAUGGAGACUGGUCCAAAAAUAUGCCAGAAAUAUAUCGAGCAUCCUGCAUUGUUUCAAGGGAAGAAAUUUGAUCUCCGUUAUAUAGUACUGGUUCGCAGUAUAAGGCCUCUGGAAAUAUUUCUUACAGAUAUUUUCUGGGUGAGAUUGGCAAAUAACAGGUACACUCUGGACAAGCACAGCUUUUUUGAGUAUGAGACUCACUUCACUGUUAUGAACUAUGGUAGACGAAUGAAUCACAUGAACACUACAGAGUUUGUUAAGGAAUUUGAACAAGAGCAUCAUGUUAAAUGGUUGGAUAUCCAUCAGAAAGUUAAAACUAUGAUUCGAUCUCUUUUUGAGGCAGCUGCACUGGUACAUCCUGAAAUGCAAAGUCCGAUGUCAAGGGCAAUGUAUGGUGUAGAUGUAAUGCUUGAUAGCUCUUUUGAGCCAAAGUUACUAGAGGUAACUUACUGUCCUGACUGUACAAGAGCAUGUAAGUAUGAUUCACUGGCUGUAUUUGGAGGUGGCGAGGCAAUCAAAAGCAAAGACUUCUUCAAUUAUGUGUUUGGUUGUCUAUUUUUGGGUGAAACUACCUAUGUACACCCACUGUAAUUAAUUAAUGAAUAUCAUAUACAUAUAUACAGGAGUUUCUUUUGUUUUAAGCAUGUAGUUUAUAAUAUUACUGGUGAAGACGAUCUAUUUUUUUGAGCGAUUGAUGACGUGUAAUCAUCCCCUUUUUGUAGGGAUGAGUACUGAUCGGUUCAGUUGAUUCAGUUUGAAUUUUUGCAAAA